GAGGAAGGAGAAAAGGGGAGGAAGAAAAAGAAGAGGAGGUAGAAGAAGAGGAAGAGGAGGAAGAGGCCGGGGGGGCCAUGGCGGCCACGGAGCUCGCGCGCCAGGUGGGUGAAGGUUGCCGGACCGUUCCUCUUUCUGGCCACGUCGGAUUCGAUAGCUUGCCUGACCAGCUGGUGAACAAAUCAGUUAACCAUGGUUUCUGUUUCAACAUCCUCUGUGUGGGAGAAACAGGUCUCGGGAAGUCGACGUUGAUGGAUACGCUCUUCAACACCAAGUUCGAAGGAGACCCAGCUUCUCAUUCCCAGCCAGGCGUUCAGCUGAAAUCCAGUUCCUACGACUUGCAGGAAAGCAAUGUUCAUCUGAAGCUGACCAUUGUUAGCACGGUGGGCUUCGGCGACCAGAUUAACAAAGAGGACAGCUAUAAACCCAUUGUGGAGUUCAUCGACACCCAAUUUGAAUCCUACCUUCAAGAGGAGUUGAAAAUUAGACGCGUGCUGCAUAAUUAUCACGAUUCCAGGGUCCACGCUUGCUUGUACUUCAUCGCUCCCACGGGACAUUCUUUGAAGUCCUUGGACUUGGUCACCAUGAAGAAACUGGACAGUAAGGUGAAUAUCAUUCCUAUUAUUGCCAAAUCCGACGCUAUCUCCAAGAGUGAGCUGACCAAAUUCAAAAUUAAGAUCACCAGUGAACUCGUGAGCAACGGAGUGCAAAUCUACCAAUUCCCUACCGACGAUGAAUCCGUGUCAGAAAUCAAUGGAACCAUGAACGCUCAUUUACCUUUUGCCAUCAUUGGCAGCACAGAAGAAAUCAAGAUAGGAAAUAAAAUGAUGAGGGCACGCCAAUAUCCAUGGGGGAUAGUGCAGGUGGAAAACGAAACCCACUGUGACUUUGUGAAACUCAGAGAGAUGUUGAUCCGGGUAAACAUGGAAGAUCUUCGCGAACAAACCCACACGCGCCAUUAUGAGUUAUACCGACGGUGUAAACUGGAAGAAAUGGGGUUUAAGGACACCGAUCCGGACAGCAAGCCGUUCAGUUUACAAGAAACCUACGAGGCCAAAAGGAAUGAAUUUCUUGGAGAGCUUCAGAAGAAAGAGGAGGAGAUGAGGCAGAUGUUCGUCCAGAGGGUGAAAGAGAAGGAAGCGGAGCUGAAAGAGGCUGAAAAAGAGCUCCACGAGAAAUUUGACCGCCUGAAGAAGCUGCACCAGGAUGAGAAGAAGAAGCUGGAGGACAAGAAGAAAACCUUGGAUGAUGAAGUCAACGCCUUUAAGCAGAGGAAGACAGCCGCUGAAUUGCUUCAGUCUCAGACUCAGCAGGCAGGAGGUUCACAGACACUGAAAAGGGAAAAGGAGAGAAAAAAUUAAUCCCUGCUGUUUGCUGCAUGGUGCAUGAAACGGUACCUUGUGUUGGUAAGCUGUGACUAAACCGAGAUGGCAAGGCAGUGGGACCCACAAACACACCUUGCGCCAGACGAGACACAAUCCUCCUGAAUCGCCCGACUCCUAGUAUUUUUUGGCCAUUCCCAAGAUACCGAAUCUCCAGUUGUGCAUCCUUCCUUCUAAGUGAGGGGAAGGCAGUCGGAAUAUUCUGUCCCUUCUCCGUCAGCUAUUUGAACCGCCACCAAGAUUUUUUUAAAAAGUGUUACAUUUUUUUUAAAAAAGUAUUAAAAAUCUUUCUUCCAAAAUGCAAAACUUUUUUUUUAAAGUAUUAAAAACUUUCUUCUGGAAUGUU